GAGAGAGAGAGAGAGAAGGCAUAAGUGGGCAGAGACAUACCAAAAUCAAGACCAGUAGUGGAGAAGAGAGGCUGGAGGAGAGUGCACAGGUUUAGGUUCUAGGUACUACUGAUUCUGGUGUGACGUCUAUGGAUUUUAAGAAUGAACAAAAAAGGAAGCCACUCUGUUCUUCUCUUCUGGACUAAAUCUUCGACAGUUGCUACAUGUUAAUCUGAAACCUUGUCCACUUCAAUUUCCACAUGCCAAAGAGGCUUCCAACCUGCUCCAAUGCAUCGAACCGAGGAUUGUAACUUUCUCCUGACGGAUUUAUGAGCCAGAUGACCCAAUACAACCCAGUCCACAUUAUCUACAAAGCUAAGGUGAAGAGCGUGUGCAUUCUUGUGCUCUUUUGUCUUCCCUUCUCUAUGAUGGACAUCGCUGGACCCUGCAAGUACUCCAUAACCAAAGAUCACCUGCUUCAAAUGAAACAUCUGAUCAACAACCAACUACAGAAUGGAUGUUCAAUAACCUACAGAUUCACUGAGAGGAAAAAUCUGAGUGCAGUGUGUUAUGUGAAGGCAGCACUGCCACAUGUGUUGGACUUGUUGAGUGCUCACUUCAGAUAUGCACGAGGAUCAAACAGUGCUCUCUUAGUCCAAUCCCUACAGAAACUUAUCCUCAACAUCUACUCACAGCACUGCGUGCCUGUGCUCAACGAGGAACUCGAGGAGGACCCAGCAGGAUUUGAAGUUCAGUUUACUGAUUCACCUGUUCGAGCCCUGCGGAGAGCUGAAGAAGUGCUUGGUCUUUACUUACAUCUUAUCACACACACUAACACAUUUGUGGACUGGACCUGCGAGUCUGAGUACAGCAGCCACACAGCUGACCCACAGCUGUCCACAGAACUGACCACAACCACAGACGCUGCUCAAGGACUGCUGGGAAAGAUUCAUCUGGACUCCUCUGAUGAGAAAUUCUACAGGCUGGGCUUCAUAGUGUUAUCCAUAAUGAGUGGAGGGAUUUUGCUCAUUCUCACUGUUUACUGCUUUGUUCGCAGAAAGAAACCUCAAGAUCAACUUCCAAUACCAACUAUGGAUUCAAACAGGCCAGAUGUUCAAAAUGAGGGCCGAUACCCUCUCAGCAGCACUUCUUAUAAUGGAUCUGAUGUCUGACUUCUAACACGAGAAAUCCCAUCUGCUGAAGAGUCGUUGGGCGUCCCAUCUGGUGAACAGUCCUUCAUACAUAUUCAUGCAGAAGACUUCAUGUUAAUGGACACUGUAUAUAUGUAAAUAGACACAGCACACUGUACAUGUAUUUAUAAAGAUUUCUAGAAAUAAAAUAGCUAAAACUGCUUAAAUAAUAAUAUAUUAAUAUAAUAAUGUAUUAUUAUAUUAUAAUAGUAUUAGUAAGAAUAAUAAUAACAGUGUAAAUGUAAUCUUGAUGAUCCAUGAGACAAAUGAAACUCAGAAGCUUAACUCAUCUGCCUUUAUUAAGAUGCAGACUGGACUGCAGUUACAUAAUCUCUGACUCCGAUGGGUAUAAUACACUAUCCUUAGCUCAACAUUACAGCAUUAUGUCAAGAUAUUCGUGCAGUAUCUAUAUUACCUGUAUAGUGUAAUAAUGGUAUCAUGGUCUGUAAAAAACUGAAUUCAAUUUGAAAUAUACUGAUAUGCACUCUUUUCAGGGGA